CGUUUUUCAGCACGGCGUGUUAUCAGUGUAACACAUUUUAUGCUAACCGCGGGCUCUUUUCUGAAUUCAUAGGAUCUGCCCUUCAACAAUAUAACAAACACAUUUUUCAUCUACCUUAUAUAAUAAGAAUGUCAUUUUUUUGUAUUUGAGAAACUGUACAAUCAACAUGAAUCUUGACAGGCUUCGUAAAAGAGUGAGACACUACAUUGAUCAGCAACAGUAUCAAAGCGCUCUGUUUUGGGCUGACAAAGUAGCAUCAUUAUCAGAUGACCCUCAAGAUAUUUAUUGGUUAGCACAGUGCCUUUAUUUAACAGCACAAUAUCACAGAGCCUCUCAUGCUCUUAGAUCACGCAAGCUUGACAAGUUGUAUGGAGCCUGUCAGUAUUUAGCUGCAAGAUGCCAUUAUGCUGCCAAAGAAUAUCAACAAGCUCUGGACAUAUUGGACAUGGAGGAAGCAGCCAGUAAGAAGAUAUUGGACAGGAAUGUAAAAGAGGAAAAUGGCUCAAGGGAACCAGCAAAGGAAUGGGAAAUGUCUCCUGCCUCAAUCAACAGUUCCAUCUGUCUCCUGCGGGGGAAAAUCUAUGAUGCCAUGGACAACAGACCCCUAGCAACGUCUAGCUACAAAGAGGCCUUGAAACUAGAUGUUUACUGCUUUGAAGCCUUUGACCUUUUGACGUCCCAUCACAUGUUGACUGCUCAAGAGGAGAAAGAUUUUCUGGAUUCUCUGCCCUUAAGUCAACAGUGUACAGAAGAGGAAGUGGAGUUGUUACGUUUUCUUUUUGAAAACAAAUUGAAAAAGUAUAACAAACCAAGUGAGAUGGUCGUCCCAGAUAUAGUCAAUGGUCUCCAGGACAACUUGGAUGUUGUCGUCUCUUUGGCAGAGCGGCAUUAUUACAACUGUGACUUUAAAAUGUGCUACUCUCUUACGUCUAUGGUUAUGGUGAAAGACCCAUUUCAUGCCAACUGUUUGCCAGUGCAUAUAGGAACUCUUGUUGAGCUAAGUAAAGCAAAUGAGUUAUUCUACCUGUCUCAUAAACUGGUGGAUUUGUAUCCUAGCAAUCCGGUUUCGUGGUUUGCUGUUGGAUGUUACUACCUCAUGGUUGGACAUAAAAAUGAACAUGCGAGGCGGUAUCUCAGUAAGGCCACCACGCUGGAGCGCACAUACGGACCGGCGUGGAUAGCAUACGGGCACUCGUUCGCUGUUGAGAGCGAGCACGACCAGGCCAUGGCUGCAUACUUCACAGCCACCCAACUAAUGAAAGGGUGUCACCUGCCAAUGCUGUACAUAGGUCUCGAGUAUGGACUUACCAACAACCCAAAGCUGGCAGAACGUUUCUUUAGCCAAGCCCUAAGCAUCGCCCCUGAGGACCCCUUUGUCAUACAUGAGGUAGCUGUGGUUGCCUUCCAAAAUGGAGAUUAUAAAACAGCUGAGAAGUUGUUUCUGGAUGCUAUGGACAAAAUUAAAGCCAUAGGAAAUGAGGUAACGGUGGACAAAUGGGAGCCGCUUCUAAACAAUCUGGGUCAUGUAUGUCGAAAAUUGAAGAAAUAUGAGCAGGCCCUCGAAUACCACAGACAAGCUUUGGUCCUCAUCCCACAGAAUGCCUCAACUUACUCAGCCAUCGGUUAUGUUCACAGCCUCAUGGGAGAUUUUGAGAGUGCCAUUGACUACUUUCACACUGCACUUGGUCUUAAAAGGGACGACACCUUUUCAGUAACCAUGCUGGGCCACUGCAUUGAGAUGUAUAUCAGUGAUUCAGAUGCUUAUAUUGGAACUGACAUUAAAGACAAAGUGAGAAAGACCAUCAACACACCUGCACUGAUAAAGAUGCUCAACACUUCAUCUGAUGGCAAUGACAGCAGAGCACAACCAGCAGAGGAGGUGAACGUUUCUUUUAACGUUGACAAACAAACGGAUGCCUUUCAGCGCUUCCUUUUAGAAUGCGACAUGCACGAGAGCGACAUGAUGUUAGAGACGUCCAUGUCUGACACCAGCACGUGAUCCUGACCUGUAUGGGUCUUAGAGGAACUUUGACUUUGAGCUUGAGAUGAUGAUGGAAUUUGAGAAUAAAGCGGACACGACAACUCUCCCUCUGCUGCCCAUAAUGUUGGACCCCUGUGGAUUUUUUUUACUAUGAAUAAAUGUCAAGAAGUGAAUGCAGAAGGUUUGAAACUAAUGAUUUAAUCAAUAAAUCCUACAUCCAUAUUUUAAA